AUGGAAAUAAGAGAAUCAAAGAUACAUUGUGAUAAGCAUAAUAAGAAAUGCUAUUUUAUAUGCAUAUAAAAGGAAUGUUAAGUAGGGAGAAGACUUUUGUGCACCAAAUGUAUUUCUAGUCAACUUCAUAAUUCCCAUAAAUUAGUUGAUUUUGAAGAUGCAAAUAGAUGGAUAAAAUAGAAAGAGAAGGAAUGUAUAGAGUAGCUAAAUGAUUAAUCAUCUGAAAUUUGGAGGUAAUUCUCAUCAUCAAAAUAAAAAAUAAAUUGUCUACUUGAAUCAAUAGAAUUAAAUCUAAUUGCAAUAUUGUCGCCAACCUUACAUAAACUUAAAGAAAAUCUAAAAACCAAUAACAUUUUCAAUAUAGCUUAAUCAUUAUCUGAAUUUAAUUUAUAGACACCAAAGUAACAAGAUUAAGAAAUAGAUUUGUAAUUUUUAGUAGAAAGGAUGAAUAAUUCACUGCUAUAAUUAGAAGAAUUAAAUACUAAAGUACACUAAUUGGAUCAUAGAUUUCUUUGGAAAUAAAUAAAGAAUUUCAAUGGACAUGAUGAUGUAAUUUAUUCACUAGAUAUAUCUCCUGAUGGCAAAAGGGCAGUCACUGGAGGAGGUGAUAUGUAAAUAAGAUUAUGGGAUUUAAUAAAUUAUGUAUAGAUUGGUAAUCCAAUUCAAGCACAUGAAGGAAUUGUUUGGUGUGUAGCUUAUGGAUAAAAUUGUAUUAUUUCUGGUAGUGAUGAUAACACAAUUAAAUAUUGGGAUGAUAAAACAAUGAAAGUGUUAGAUAUCAAAUAUACUAAUGAUCCAGUGUUCUCUCUUGAAUUAAAUUAAGACUACACAAAUUUAGCAUCAGGAAUAAAUAAUUUGAUUGGUCUAUGGUCUUAAAGUGAUAGGAAAUAAAUUGGAAUAUUAAAAGGUCAUACAGAUUAUGUAACAUCAUUAUCUUUUUAUACUCAUUUUCUAGUUUCAGGAUCAAAAGACAAAUCUGUGAGACUAUGGAAUAUUUAGACUAAAUAAUUAAUUAAUAUAUUUUCUGGAAAUCAAAAUACUAUAAGAAGUGUAGCAUUUUCUAAAGAUGGUAAAUAUAUUGCUUCAGGAGGAUAUGAUAAAAUAAUAAGAGUGUGGAAUCAAAACAAUAAUAAAAUGAUAUAGUAUGAUCAUGGUGAUAUUAUUUGGAGUGUAAGAUUUUUGGAUAGUGAGACCGUAAUAACUGGCGGGAAAAAUGCAAAAAUUAAAUUCUGGAAUUUAAAUGAAAGUCAUUAAGGAGAUGUGUCUAUUGAAUGUGAGAGAGGAAUAAUGACAAUGUCUAUAACAACUUCUGGUAAUACUAUUAUUGCUGCAACAAAUAAAGACAUAUGUAUUUUUGAGAAACCUAAUUGA